AUGGAGAACCCCUCAGCUUCUCCACGCAGAGGCCAUGUCCCCUGGCAGGGGCUCCUGCUGGCAGACUCACUUCUAAUUGUCUGGAUCCUGCCCACCAUGGCUGCAUUCACUGUGGAACCUGUGUCACCCAUUGCUGCUAACGAGACAGAUGUGCUUUUCCUCAUCAACAAUCCGGUAGAGAAUCCUCGAUUAUACACCUGGUAUAAAGGGCAAACAGACACCAAUUCAAGCCUUCUCAUUGCAUCGUUUGAGGUACCUUUAGGAACCAAUAGUACAGGGCCUGAUUACACCCAUCGAGAAAGAAUAUUUCCCAAUGGGUCCCUGCUGAUCCAGAAUGUCAGUGAGGAGGACACAGGAAACUACACCCUACGAAUCGUGGAUGGUUCUUAUGAUCAGCAUUUGGCAACCACACCGCUCUACGUCUACAACAUCCAAAUUAUCAACGAUUCCAAGCCCAUUGAGGGCAAGGAACUUGUAUUAACUUGUGAACCUGACAUUCCGGGCAUGACCUACCAGUGGUACAAAGAUGGUGAGGAAGUCCAGGAGAUCCCUGAUAGGCUGCAGCUGUCCUCGAACAACAGGACCCUCACUCUGCUCAAUGUCACCAGGAAUGACACAGGAAUCUAUGAGUGUGAAAUCAGGAACUCAACGACUGUCAUCUUCAGGAACUCACACACCUUGGAUGUUUUCUAUGGCCCGGACUCCCCCACCAUUUCCCCCUCAGAGGAGAACUACUGUUCAAGAACCAACCUCACACUCUUCUGUGAGGCGGACUCUAAUCCACCUGCACAGUAUACUUGGCUCAUCAAUGGGAAGAUCUGGGGAUCCACUCAACAACUCCACAUACCCAUCAUCUCUACAAGUGACAGUGGGUCUUACACUUGUGAGGUCCAUAACUCCAACACUGGACUCAAUAACACUGCUGUUAGGAACAUCACAGUCUAUGGGCCAGUCAUCCAGGCCUUCUACCCCAUAGUCAGAGAAAAGGACUCUCUGGUCCUAACCUGCCAAACACAUGCUCCUGUAAUAUCCACUCAUUGGAUCUUUAAUAGCCAGAGUCUGCAGCUCACAGAGAGGAUGAACCUGUCCUCAGACAACAGCAUUCUCACAAUAGAACCCGUCAUGAUGGAGGAUGAAGGGGAGUACCAGUGUGAGGUCUUCUACCUGAACUGUUCCAGAAGGAGUGACCCUGUCAGGAUAGCUGUGAGAGCUAUCGAUACAGAAAAUACUCACCUCCUGCCUGGGGCCAUUGCCGGCAUCGUGAUUGGAGCCUUCAUUGUGCUGAUCUUGCCAUGCAUUUUGACAUGCAUCCAGGCCUUUAUUGUGUGUUGCAGCAAGAACCGCAGGUAG